CUUUUUAUACUUAAAGCGAAUUAUUUCGUCUUAAAUCACGCUCAGUUUCUACAAAUUAUACUUGAAAUUCAGAUGCACUUCCUAUGUCGCUAAGUAAAUGACGGUGCGUGUUUUGACUUUAAGAUAUACUUCGCCUAUCGUUAGUUUAAAUUUAAUUGAAAACACUUGAAAAAUGAAAAUCCUCGAUAAGUGAAAUCAGUUUGUAUAUACAUUACUAUAGUCUUAUAUUACCUUUUAAAUUGGUCUAUAUUGUUAACUAUACACUGUGACCAUUGAAAAAGAAAGAAUACAUAAAAAAUACUGAAAAAGAAAUGAAACCGAUAGUUGGAAUAAAUACAUUUUAUGGUAUGUUUUCAAUAAUAGUUGGCGAGUGUUGAAUAGAAUUGUUAUUGAAUUAACAAUUGGCAAUUCGUGUACCCUAAUUAUUUCACACUGACUUUUAAGACUUUGGACAUAAUAAAUAUUUGAGAAAUAUUUAUACGUAAAGACAAUAUUUUCGAAGAUUAAGUAUACUUGACUAAAUGAAUAUGAAAACGGGAUAAAAGGAGUUUUAAGGUCAAUGGAGAGGUGGUGAAAAAAGCAGUGAAUUAUAAACUAAAAUUCGAUCAGAAAUUAUUAAGUUGUUUUUGAAUUUAUUAUUUCUGUUUACAGUUUUGUUUAAUAUAGGAUUUUCGGGCUCAGCUUUGUAAAGUGACAAUAGCAACGUUACAUAUAAAGGUGAUACUAGUUUUACAUACUGCUCUUUUCGAAAGCAAAGGCAUGAAAUAUCUUGACAAAUUUAUGGUUAACGCAAGAGAACAGAAAUGGAUUUUACAAAUGCUGUGAAUUAUACUUUUUUGAAUAAAUAAUAAGUGCUACUGAAUAAUGCUAAUUCUUUUGUUUCGUUUUAAAAGAUUGAAGCGAGAUAAUAAUAUUUUCUAAACAAGUAACCAUGAGUGAUGUAAAAGCAAAUAUACUAGAGACAGUGCUGGAAGAAAUAGGAGCGGAUACAGGUGUCAAAUCAUCGGGAAAAGUAGAUACACUCAACGACAAACCUAAAAGUGCUAAGGGGCAGAAAAAUGACAAAGUAAGAAACAGUAAAAAUGUGAUUGUGAAAAUUCCGACUGUGAGUAGAAAAAUGGAUGACGCUAAAGGACAACUAGAAGAAAUUAAAGAGGAUGCUACAGAAAACAAACCUAUGGAUGAAAAUAAAAAAGAAGAUAUUCUUUCAGAGAAUAAGGAAAAUGUAACAGUUAAUGGUGAAAUGAGAGUACAGAAAACGGUUACUAUGACAGAAGCAAUAAAGGGAGAUUCAGAAACGGGUGACGCUAAAUUGGACAGAAAAGAAGAUUUAAGUGAUCCAAUAUACGGAAUGUUUACGAGGACCAACACGGAACAUUCGAUACUUAGCAACAGAAGUGAAAGUGUAGCGUUGAACCGCUCUUUAAAACGAAAUAAGAGAAAAGAUAGUGUUAUUAGACCGAAGUCCUCACAUGGUUGGUCGAAGAGAGAUUUGGACUUAUUCUUGCCGCGAAAGAGCUUCUUUUGUGUUCAUGAUAACUCGUUAUCAACAGCUGGGUUCGAUACACGCUCCGAUGAAGAACGAAAUCGGCCAGAUUGGAGGCGGAUUCUGAGAAUGCAUACAGAGGAGGAGCUAAACCCACCACAAUUUCAAAAAGAGGAGGAGCCAGUGGUGUCGGUAUUCGGAUUGAUGGACGAAAGUUCUGAGGAUGAAUCUUUCAGUCUGGAAAAUGUUGAAACUGCUGUUUCUGCCGGAGGUGUGAACAGUACAGGGGGAAAUAGGGUAAAGAAGAAAAACGCAUCGAAAAAAGUUGUUGGAAAUGAUAGAGAAGAGUACAAGCCUCUUUAUGAUUACUUAAAAUUUAUAGCUGACAAUCCGGAGGAAUAUAUACAAAUGGCAAAAUACUCGGGUAAAAAUACGGAUCAUAAACAUCCGAGUUCAUUGGUUCGCUUAGGUCGGGCUUUUCGACGUGGACAUCACGGCGCUGCUAAAAAUAACAUAUUUCUGCACGCGAUAACUGGUUUAAAACCAAAACAAACAGACACGACGACCGUGCCGCAACGCUCGACACGAAACGACAAAGUUGGUGCGAAAAAAGAAACGGAAGGACAAGAUCCGAAUUCAGCACAAGAUGAAACGGAAAUUGAAAAAUUGAAAACGAAAGCAGAGAAAUGGAUGAAAGCAUUGACAACCCAGCAGUACUUAAAAGGGAAAGAAAUGGCACUAAAAGACGUUGGAGAAGAGGACCUGAAUAUGUCAAAAUGGUGGCUUGCUUUAAAGAAUUGUAAAUACUUAAGGGUACCGUUACACGACAAUGACUGAUCAUGUCAUCUCGAGUUGUGUCCCUUUAUCACUAUAGACACAUCCUAGAAGACUUAGUGUAAAAGACAGACAAAAUUGUCUAUAAACCUUUGGAUGCCAUUUUUUCAUGUACAAUAUUGUAUUGCUUGGGCGAAAAUUAAAUCUACUAUUCAAUUGCA